AUGAGAGAAGUUAUUAGUAUUAAUGUUGGUCAAGCUGGUUGUCAGAUUGGUAAUGCCUGUUGGGAACUAUAUUCUUUAGAACAUGGUAUUAGGCCUGAUGGUUAUCUCGAGGAAGGUUUGACUAAGCCAAAAGGUGGUGAAGAAGGGUUUUCUACUUUCUUCUACGAAACUGGUACUGGUAAAUAUGUUCCUCGUGCAGUAUAUGUGGAUUUGGAACCAAAUGUUAUCGAUGAAGUACGUACCGGUGCUUAUAAAGAUCUCUUCCAUCCUGAACAAUUGAUUAGUGGUAAAGAAGAUGCUGCAAAUAACUAUGCCCGUGGUCAUUAUACUGUGGGUAGAGAAUUAUUAGAUGAUAUUUUAGAUAGAAUUAGAAAAAUAUCAGAUCAAUGUGAUGGUUUACAAGGUUUCUUGUUCACUCACUCUUUGGGUGGUGGUACAGGUUCUGGUUUAGGAUCAUUAUUAUUAGAACAACUGUCUAUCGAUUACGGUAAGAAAUCAAAAUUAGAAUUUGCCGUUUAUCCAGCUCCUCAAGUCUCUACCUCGGUUGUAGAACCAUACAAUACCGUUUUAACUACUCAUACGACUUUAGAACAUGCUGAUUGUACCUUUAUGGUGGAUAAUGAAGCUAUUUACGACAUGUGUAAGAAAAAUUUGGAUAUUGCAAGACCAAGUUUCUCAAACCUAAACAAUCUAAUAGCUCAAGUUGUCUCUUCCGUAACGGCAUCUUUAAGGUUCGAUGGUUCUUUGAACGUUGAUUUAAACGAAUUUCAAACUAAUUUAGUUCCUUAUCCAAGAAUACAUUUCCCAUUAGUUUCAUAUGCACCAAUUUUAUCUAAAAAUAAGAGUUCUCAUGAAUCAAACUCUGUUGCAGAAAUAACGAAUGCAUGUUUUGAGCCAACUAAUCAAAUGGUAAAAUGUGAUCCAAGAACUGGUAAAUAUAUGGCAAAUUGUUUAUUAUAUAGAGGUGAUGUUGUUACAAGAGAUGUUCAAACGGCGGUUGCGCAAGUUAAAAACAAGAAAACUGUGCAAAUGGUUGAUUGGUGUCCUACCGGUUUUAAAAUUGGUAUUUGUUACGAACCUCCAACUGCUACACCAAGCUCUCAAUUAACUCAAGUUAAUAGAGCGGUUUGUAUGUUGUCGAAUACCACAGCAAUCGCAGAUGCUUGGAAAAGAAUUGAUAAGAAGUUCGACCUAAUGUAUGCUAAACGUGCAUUUGUUCAUUGGUAUGUUGGUGAAGGUAUGGAAGAAGGUGAAUUUACUGAGGCAAGGGAAGAUUUGGCUGCAUUAGAAAGAGAUUACAUUGAAGUAGGUACAGAUUCUUAUGGUGAUGAAGAAUUUUGA